AGGAUUUAAUUGACAUAAGGUAAUUAUUGAGAGUCGAAACGACAGCGUUGGCGACCGUCAUCCAUUCCUUGGCGACGUCACUUUCUCCUUCCGGCUCUCUCCUUACGCACAGUCGUUAAGAACCCACCUAGUAAAGCUCUCCAAACCACGUUCUUUCCCCCCUUCUCUCUCCUCCCUCUCUCUCUCCUCUCCCGCUCCGUUGACCUAGAACCUCUGCCGGAGAGCACCGAAUAACUCUCUCCAAGUCCCAGAUCCGUUCGCCUCCAGUCCCAAUUUUCCAAGUCAAAGAUCUGAGUCGAAUCGCAGAGUCCCGACUCGCUGUCGUUUUGGGAAUUCAAAAUCCAGAAGAUCCAGUUCAGGUUCUGGGGUUUUUGAUUGAUUUGCUAAUUAUUUAUUGCAUCCUGUUGGGGGUUUUGGUUUUCGGGGGUUCUCGAACGCUUUGGUCACUGUUUAUAGAUCUGGGUUUACUAGUAUUUGUCCUUCUGUUGCUCGAUUUGGUAAAUUGGAAAUGUCGCUUUUACCGAAAGGGGAUUCGAUUCAAAUCCGAGAGGUGUGGGACGAUAAUCUCGAUGAAGAGUUUGCUCUAAUACGUGAUAUUGUUUUGAAGUAUCCGUAUGUGGCUAUGGACACUGAGUUCCCGGGCGUGGUUCUUCGCCCGGUGGGGGCUUUUAAGAACAUUAAUGAGUUUCACUACAAGACUCUGAAGGACAAUGUUGAUAUGUUGAAAUUGAUUCAGUUGGGUCUCACUUUCUCUGAUGAGAACGGGAACCUUCCCACUUUGGGGACCGAGAACCAUUACAUUUGGCAAUUUAACUUUCGCGAGUUCAAUGUGAGCGAAGACAUAUUUGCAAGCGAUUCGAUUGACUUGUUGCGCCAGUGUGGGAUUGAUUUUAAGAAGAACAAUGAGAAGGGGAUUGAUGUGAAUCGGUUUGGUGAGGCUUUGAUGUCUUCAGGGCUUGUAUUGAGCGACAAUGUGCAUUGGGUUACUUUCCAUAGUGGAUACGACUUCGGAUACUUGCUUAAGUUAUUGACUUGUCGGAGUUUGCCUGAGAACCAAAUGGAGUUUUUUAAUCUGAUCAAGAUUUACUUCCCGGUGUUGUAUGAUAUCAAGCAUCUGAUGAAGUUCUGCAACAGCCUUCACGGUGGGUUAAACAAGCUUGCAGAACUGUUGGAAGUGGAAAGAGUUGGUGUGUGCCAUCAAGCAGGCUCCGACAGUUUGCUUACAGCGUGUACCUUUAGGAAGUUGAGGGAUACCUUCUUCAGUGGCUCAGCGGAGAAGUAUUCCGGUGUGCUGUAUGGUCUUGGCGUUGAGAAUGGACAGAGUAACUAAUUGAAAGAAAGUAAUUGUCGAAAGAUUGAUGAACAUUUGUAGACUAUUUAAGUGUGAGAGAUGUGUAGUUCUCGCUGUACACCGUUCGCAAAAGAAUUGUUGUUUUAGUUUUAACUUUUCCUCUUUGCUUUGUUGUAACUGGAAACCUUAACUGGUUCUCUGUAGCUUUGAGUUUCUUGUAUAUUAUUGAAGUCAGUGUUUCAAUAAAAGAUUAUGAAAUUUCCCUUCAA